AAUCAAACUAUGGCCGACAGCAAGCACCCGCACGUUAUUUUCUGCAACGACUCGCCUAAAAGAGUUUUGGUGUCUGUCAUUAAGACAACCCCGAUCAAACCGAGGAAAGGAGAUUCCCUGACCCCGACGAGCCCCGGGUUCAGCGACUUCAUGGUCUACCCGUGGAAAUGGGGGGAAAACGCCCACAACGUGACCCUGAGUCCGGGCUCCGUGAGCGGGGACUCGUCCCCCACCGGGACCCAGGCGGCCAGAGAGGCGGACACGGCUCCGUCGCCUGACCAGAUCAAGGAUGGCAUCCGCAGAGGACGGCCCCGAGCCGACACAGUCCGGGAGCUGAUAAGCGAGGGGGAGACUUCUUCCAGCCGCAUCCGCUGCAACAUCUGCAACCGAGUGUUCCCCAGAGAGAAGUCUCUGCAGGCUCAUAAGAGGACGCACACAGGAGAAAGACCCUACUUGUGUGACUACCCGAACUGUGGGAAGGCGUUUGUCCAGAGUGGUCAGCUGAAGACGCACCAGCGGCUCCACACUGGGGAAAAACCCUUUGUCUGCUCAGAGAAAGGAUGUGGCAAUAGGUUCACACACGCCAACCGCCACUGCCCCAAGCACCCCUACUCGCGUCUGAACCGGGAGGAGCCCAAGGCGGGCCUGGGGAAGUCCCAGUCCGUGGACAACAAGGCCGUGGCCGAGUGGCUGGCAAAGUACUGGAGAACCCGCGAGCAGCGAGCCCCGACCACCACCAAGGUGAAGCCGCAGGGCAAGGCCAGAGCGCAGGACCAGGAGCAGCAGGACCCCAUGGAGUUCCUCCAGUCCGACGAGGAGAACGGGGAGGAGGAGGAGGCGGCCGAGGAGGAGAAGGCCAGCGCGGGAGGAGCGGCCAAGCGCCGCCUCCAGGAGCAGCGAGAGCGUCUCCACGGCGCCCUGGCUCUCAUCGAGUUGGCCAAUAACCUUUCUGCCUGA